ACGUCAGGUGCCGAACGGACCAAUCAGGGACUGACUAGUAACUGGUGCCCUCUAAGUCUAUAUAUAUACUAAUUAGCACUUCUAAACCUGCAUAUAUAUUUUACAUAAAGAGUGUUAGAUCCAUUUUCCCGUUGAUCGUUAACAAAGAAGCAGCGCUCACUCACAGUUCAACGUGUCACUGAACUAAAUCAAGUAUUGCACUCGCAUCUCGCCUCUGGGAUCUCGGGUUUAAUUCCUGACUCAGCAUCACAUCCCUGUGACAAAAAUUUACAAUGGUGAACAUGUCGAGCACAACAAACGACACGACCGUAGAUACAGGUCUGGGGACCAAUGUCCAGAUCUUCAUGUACAGUACCCUCCUCGUGAUGUCCUUGAUCGGUAACGUGCUCGUCAUUACCGUGGUUUGUGGCAACAAAAACCUGAGAACUGUUUUCAACGCUUUCAUCGUCAACAUGGCUAUAUCUGACUUGUUCAUUCCUUUGCUUGCACUACCGAUAAAGAUUGUAGAAGUUGCGACAGAAAAGCAAAAUAUCUGGAUAAUCCAUGGUGGAUUUGGUAACGCCACAUGCAAGAUAUUCAUAUUGCUGAUAGACAUAUCCCCCGGUGUCACAGUCUUCAGCCUUGUCGUUAUAGCCAUCAAUAGGUUCGCUGCUAUCGUGAAGCCUAUGUCCCAUGCUGAACUCUUCAGCAUCAAAAGGUGUAAAAUCAUGAUCGCCUUGACCUGGAUUUCAGUGACUGUUUUUUUCUCACCUUAUUUCUACGUCUACCGAACUACGACAUUCAAAAGCUACAACGUAUGUGAGAUCGAUUGGAUAGAGCCAUUUGACAACACGAAGUCCUUAAUCAUAUUCACCUCCUUCCUCAUCGUUAUCUUUUUUGUUUCUCCUUUUACCUUGAUAAUUUUUCUUUACUCGAUCAUCAUCUACAAACUCCAUGCAGACUCCAAAACUGUCGUCGAAAUGCUAGACAGUCAAGAGGCUCGCAAGAGAAAGUUAAGGAACAAACAAAUCUUCUUCUUAUCGGUGGCCAUGAUUGUCGCAUUUGCAGUUUUCUGGGGACCAUUCUUCAUGUUUCUCUUCACAGGUUUGAUAAAGCAAAACCUCGUUAUCCCGAAUGUGUAUCUGAUAGUGCAGUUUCUUGGAUAUACCAACUCUGUCAUCAAUCCAUUGAUAUACUUCAUAUUUAUGAGGAGGUUUAGGCUUGGAUUGAAGCUUCUUUUCUGCAAGUGUUUGGAGAACGAGCCCCAUAGAUCGCCGACUGUCAGCAAUACACGAUCACUUUUUCUGACGACCAAAGACGGCGUAAAUGAGGAGAAGAUUAAGUUGAAGUUUAUAGGAAAUUGUUCAAGCAAGCAAGAUUGUGUGGGUACGCGUACAGAGGACUGCAAGACGCCGACGCCGCCAAGUAAUGAGGUUAACAUGACCACAAGUAAGGGAUGCUUAAUUACAUCUAGACUAUAACGACACUCAGGAAAGUUCUGCAGAUUUGUAGAAGCCAAAAGUGGAACCAUUCUGGAGUUUUAAAGAAUUAUACCAACUAACUGUAGAUACUCAGUUAAAAACUUAUAAGUUAACAUAGAAGAUUGCAAGGCUACAAGUAAGGACAACUGUUAACCUAGCUAUAAUUUAAACUCAAGACCAAAAUUUUGCAGAUUUGCAGAAUAUCUACUGAUGAACAUAUAAAGGACGGCUGAGCUGGACUGGAGUUUCUAAGUCCUCAUACUGUAAUAGUAAAGAGUACAAGUAGAGAAGAUUGCAAGACCCCAAGUAAGUAAGGCUGUUCAUCUAGACUACUAGACUGAAGUUACUCCAUGAAGUUCUGGAGAUUUGCCGAAGCCAUCAAAAAAGAAAAACCCGAGCUAGUCUGGAAUUUUUAAGAAAUGCAAUCGACUAAUUUUAAAAGAUAGAAAUAGCAAAGAAGGCAAGUAAAAAAGAUUGCAUGACCACAAGUAAAGGAAACAAGAGAAUAUGAACUAAGAGAAGGAAUUCUACCUAUAUAGCCUUGUAACUGUCAUGUGCACAGUUUGAUGCUAUUUUUAGCUUGGAGAUAUUUUGAGCUAAGAACCUGAUUGGUUGAUUUCUCGAGGGUAGACGGCUUCCAGACUUUCAGUAAACAAAGCCUGUGUUUUUGUUGUGGACGUAGAGAAAUAUGGCGCUUUUCGUGUCCUAAAACGAGGCACUAAAAAGAAGCAUGAUUAUCGCGCGAUCAUGGUAACGAGUUAAAAAUAGCAUCAAUGAUUCUAAAAAUAGUAUCAAAGUGUGCACAUGAUGGGGCACGGGGAUUCCUUCUCUUAGUUCAUUUUCUUUUGAAGGAAACUAUUCCACCAGCUAUGAACACACUAGCUAGUCUUAUAGAAUAAUUCACUAAUGUACCUGACGUGAAAGUAUAAAUUCUAAGAUUUGCAGUAACCAGCUUAAUUCGCGCACAUAGUAUACUAGUACAAUUAUAAAAUAAGAUCACCUUUCGAAAUCUUUUCAAAAUGAAACUAUAAGAAAGUAAGAAAAAAGUUUUAGGAAGCAAUGUAGAUAUUCCCAGCCGACAUAAAUCUAAUCCUCGUAGGAAAAGUCAAACAACAACAACAACAAUAAAAAUAAUGAUGAUGAUGAUGAUGAAGACGACGACGACGAUGGUGAUGAUGACAAUGGCGAUGACGACGACGAUAAUGGUGAUUACAAUGACAAUGACAAUGACAAUAAAGAUGACGAUGAUGAUGACGAUGACGAUGACAAUGAGGACGACGAUGAAAAUGAUAAAGACGAUAAUGAUGGCUAUAGAUAGAGAAAGAUAAACCAGAAGAGCGAAAGGGAUGUAGGAAUAAAAGCCAUAUAUCAUAAAGUCCAUGCAUGUUGAUUGGAACRAAAAAAAAAA